AUGGCUAGAACUUUCUUUGUCGGUGGUAACUUCAAGAUGAACGGCUCAAAGGCCUCCAUCAAAACCAUUGUUGAAAACAUCAACAACUCCUCUAUUCCUUCCAAUGUCGAAGUUGUUCUUUGUCCACCAGCACCAUACCUCUCGUACACUGCAGACUUGAAUAAGCAAGCAAACGUUCAAGUUGGUGCUCAGAACUGUUACCCAAAGGCUUCUGGUGCCUUCACCGGUGAAGUUUCUCCACUUGCAGUGAAGGACUCUGGUGCAGAAUGGGUCAUCACCGGUCACUCCGAGAGAAGACAAUACUUCAACGAGUCGGACGAGUUUGUUGCUGAAAAGACCAAGUUUGCCAUUGACCAAGGGUUGAAGGUCAUUCUCUGUAUUGGUGAGUCAAUUGACGAAAAGAAGGCCGGUAAGACUCUCGACGUUUGUAAGAGAGAAUUGUCUGCUGUCAUCAAGGCCGUUGCUCCAGAGGACUGGUCCUCCAUUGUCAUUGCCUACGAACCAAUCUGGGCUAUCGGUACCGGUUUGGCUGCAACCGCCCAAGACGCUCAAGAUAUUCAUGCAGAAAUCAGAAAAUACUUGGCUUCCCAACUCGGCGAGUCCACUGCCCAAGCUGUCAGAAUCCUAUACGGUGGUUCUGCCAACGGUAAGAAUGCACCAGAAUUCAAGGACAAGGCCGACGUCGAUGGUUUCUUGGUUGGUGGUGCUUCCUUAAAGCCUGAAUUUGUUGACAUCAUUAACUCCAGAGCUUAA